GAACAGCGCCUGUCACCUCCCGUCGCCUCCACCAAUUCACACACCACAGAGAGACCGUGCCAAGCGCGACGUUGCAAGGUGACCGGCAGAUUCGCCCGCUGAGGGUUGUUUUUCUUUGUCAUCGCUCGAGAUGGACGACGGCGACUUGCCCGCCCGUGUGGCCGCGGCGCGUCUCGGUGCGAUCGCUGGGAGCCGCUGCGAGACGAAUCCGCGAUAAUUGGAGACUUUUACCGCGGAAAUUACGCGUACGCGUUUUGACGCCGUGUGUGCAACUUGCCUUCGAAUCGCCUUAAGCCGUUAACAAGUUCCGUGAAAUCGUGUUUAAAAAAUCGGAACGUGUUUCUGUUUGAUUUAGAGGUAAUACCUCUGAUCUGGCAAGGAAAAAAAAACAAUAACGUUGGCGGCUUUGACAAAUGUCCGCGGACUCUAAAGUCAGCGCGUGCUUCCAGCGAAGGGAGACGGGUCGGUGCCGGGUUCCUCCUGCACAGACUCAUCAGCAGUGACGAGCCCUGCUCCAACGAAUCCCAGGCUGACGAGCUCCUGGGGCCACACUCCAUCGGCCAUGGCUCAAGCAGGAGGUGGCGUCGACGCCGGCGGGACCCAGGCGGAGGAGCCCCUGGGCGCUCUCCUGAGCGGAGUCGUGGACCUGCUGUUCGGCGAGGAGAAGGAGGCGAAGGCGGUGGCCGUGAGCGAGGAGGCGCUCAGAGGGAAGCUUUACCCAGACACCACCCUCGACGACUUCAAGGCGCUGCUGAGCAAGAUGAAGGGGCUGCUCAAGGCGAUGGCAACGGCCGACAUGGACAGCACACAGUUGGAGACAUUCCUGGCGGCGCAGGUGCGCAAGCCGGGUGGCGUGACAGCCGAGCAGGCGGCCAUAUUGGCGCGCUUCUGGAAGAGCCACCGGGGCCGUGUGCGAGAGAGUUUGGUCGCCCGCUGUCGCUGGGAGCCGACGCUGCACAGCGUGAACUGGCGCGUGGACGUGCCGGCAGCCAAUGGGCACAGUGGCGACGAAAGCGGAGCUCCCAUCGCCUUCCUGGAGCUCGACAUUGGCCAUGAAGGACAGGAGCCCGAGCGUUUGUCCUUGGAGCUGGACGAGGCUGGCAUUGCAAAAAUCAUGAAGAGUGUCACUGCCAUUGAGCAAAGAAUUGCCAAACUUGGCCAGUGAGGCUGCUCUCAACCCUCUGGUCAUCAAGGAUCAAGGCCACCGUGGACAAACCCAAGGCACUGCAGUUGGUAGGGACCACAGAGGGAUCUGUCUGCUCGUGAUUUGCAUUUUACCCGCACAUGUGCUCCAGCCAAUAUUCAUGCAACAAUCUCCAUUUUGUUAAAAAGACGUUUUUUUUACUUGAUCUGUUGAACCUAUUUGCAGUGAGCAGGCUAAGAAAUCCCCCAAGCCCUGGUGGAGUUUAAUCAAUUUAGUUUCAGGUACAGUCCGCCUUAAAUUACACGUGGGAAAUUGCCUGAAGCUUUGGCUCAAUGGAAGCAAACCUUAGUUGUUUAUGUUUCUCAUUAUAAACGAAAAACUUGCAGCUUAAUUAAAACAGCUUUCACAUCUUGGGCUGUUCUAUGAAUCUCUACAUAUUGCUAACUUAAUUACUUGAUUUCAUGAUAUUUAACGAAGAGACUUACCAUACAAUUACAAAACUAUUACCGCAGAAAGAAUAUAAAUGGCUUUUAUGCACCGUAUAUGGAGCAUGUAUUAGCGGGAUUAAUUGGAAGAUUCCAAUCAAGCCCGUGUGCCACAUUUGUAUGAUUGAGUACUCUUGAAGAUUCUACAGUUAUGUAAAUAUAAUCUGUGCUGUAUUGCUUUGAUUUUUUUCUUUUUACUAAUCUUAGAUGGUCGUCUCGUCAUCUUACAAGCAAAUUAACAACUUGAAUGGGAAAUGCAGAGCGUGAAUGUCGGAUGAUUAUGCAUUACUAUACACGAAACGGAAACAUCAAAAGCUGCACUCAUUCAUAAUUGUGAGGAGGUUAUCGAUUAUCCUUGAAACAUUUUCAGGUUUAAGAAAAAUGUGAACCUGAGUCAUACAACACGUAAAAGGGUUUUAUGAUGGGUGAAUAAUGUUGAUCGCUUACAUUAUAGCAGUUUUUUGCAAUGUUGGCAAAUUUGGAAUUAUUAUUUCUGUCUCGUAAAAACCAACGUGACUCACCGCGAUGUGUUUGAAUGACGCAAAUAAUUUUUGUACAUUUUUCUCUUGGUUUGUGAAUAUUUCACUCCAUUUGCCAGGUAAAAAAAUACAUCGAUGGCUUGGGCAUAUAAAAUGUGUUUUAAAUAUUCAAAAUAAAGGUUUUUGGGUUAGAUCGUGUUAUUAUAAAUGUGUCGCAACCCUCCACCACCCGACACGGCCAAUCAGUAAAAAAUGUGUCACGUUAACAAAACGCCAAUUAGUUACUUCUUCAGCACACCGGUGUGUUUGAAGAGUGAAUGAACAACAUUUAUAAUUUGAGCACGACGUUUCGCUAGUAAUUACAUCCAGCAUCUUCGGGCAAAUCUAACUGUUGUGGAUUCAAUCUUCAAACACACCGGUGAGCUGAACAAGUAACUAAUUGGCAUUUUGUUAACGUGACACAUUUUUUACUGAUUGGCCGUGUCGGGUGGUGGAGGAUUGCGACACAUUUAUAAUAACGCAAUCUAACCCAAAAACAUUUUUUAUGAAAAAUACUGGUCGCGAAAGCCUACGUGUUAAAGUGUUUUAAAUAAUUACAUACUUAUUUGCACUUUGUUGCUGUUAGCACAUGGUGUAUGGCACAAAAUCAUUACUCAGACUUUUAAAUUAUUCAGUACUCUGUGGAAUUUGAUCUCGCAUUUCUUUGACCAAAUAUUAAAUUAUACAUUUGGAGUAUUUCUUUUUAUCAUUGAUAGUUUCUCAUUGUACGUUGAAAAACGUAAGAAAAAACUAUUUGUUUGUGUCUCUUAUUGAACCAAUAAAACCAAAUUCGUGCAUGUACACAUCAAAUCGAAUGUAAUUCCGGAAAAUCUAUUAAAAGCUGGACCAAGUCACCCAGGUCUCCCUUGGAAAUGA